CUGCCGCCUCGAGGAAAGAUGGUGAAGCUUUCACUACAGUGCACAAUCGUUGGUCAGGCAGGAAGCUCGUUUGAUGUGGAGAUCGACGACAGCGUGAAGGUUAGCAAGUUGAAGAAGGCGGUGAAGGUGGAGAAGCCGAUCACGAUUACGUGUGAAGCCGACCAGCUGCAGCUCUUUUUGGCGAAGAAGGAAAAAGGCGCCGGCGCGUGGGUGACGGAGGCAGACGUGAAUAACGGCGUGAAUGACACCGAUGGCUUGACGCCGUUGGACGUUGCAGGAGCUCCUCUCAACUUGGUUGGCUUGUCGGGGACAGACGUGCAGUUCACACCCACGAUUGAAGAUGUCAAGGCUAAAAGUACCCCUGUUCACGUGCUGGUGGUGGUUCCUCCGCAGGACGACCUCCGAUCCCCAGCCAUGACUCUUCUUGAAGCGAUUUUACCUUAUGUUCUCAUAAGUGCCCCAACGACUCUCACUGACGGAAACAAAGGUUUCAAAGACGAGCUGUGCGACUUCUAUGGAUGCUACAGCCGAAAGAAAUCCUGCGUGCGGUGUAUGCUGCUCGAUGUUGCUUUUCCGAAUUCGCUCGUGAUUGCGUCGCAUUUGUUUCGUCGUAGCAACGAAAAUGUGUCACUUGUGAUGAUGCAGAUAUCUGACAUUGAUGAUGUGAGGAAUGGUUUGCUACUGUUCAAGCCUUUGGAACACGCAUUCGACCAUUUCCAAAUCAGCUUCAUUCGCGAUGACACGGACACGUUCUGUUUGAAGCUCUUCGAUCCGUCUAUCCGAGACACCCCUCUCAUUGAUCUCAAGGACCGCCACGACAACAAAGUGUUGAGCACGGAGCAGACUGAAUUGCUUCUCGGAAAGAUCUCGUCGCGGAAGAAGCCGUGCCGCUUUAAUGUCCGGACAACGUUUGGUGACGUGGAAGGCCGUGCUCUGACAUUCACUGGCUUAGGGCGUCCGUACAAUCGCUGCUUGAAUCUACAAGCAAGAGUGGCGCGUAUGAUUGCUUUGAAGAAGGAUCGUAUCGAUGCGUCGUACGACUUUAAAGACUUUUGGUCGGACGUUUCCCUCGAUGAUAAAAUGGAGAUGUUUCAACGUAGCAUCGCGAAUUCUAAUGCAAAGUUUUGA